AGGCUCCUGGUAGUAGCACACAGUAGUACAACUGAAGUGACGAUUUGAAGCUAGUAUCGCCUCAUGUCGUCGAUAAAGGACGGCGAUCAUUGGUUUUAGCUUUAGGUGGAAGUCGUACAGUGGAUCCAUGGGGUCGAAGAUGUCCACGACAAUGUGGGAAUUAUACCAGUAAAAAGGAGCAAAGUUCUAUAGAUCCUCUCCGCCGCAGGCUCCUCCUCUCCACGAGAUGGAGGACUUCCGGCGGGGAAACUACAAGCGGCAUCGCAGACGCAAGAAGGAGGGCACACUCUACUUCGGGGAUGACGUUGGUGGAGACAACGAUGCGAGAAAGACGAUAUUAGCAAGGUCCUUUUUACUAACUACGUUGCAAGAACUUCUGUUCUACCAUUUUUGCUUCGUCGGGUCGUUCUUAUCUUGUUCACCAACCUUCUUGUUUUCAACAUCCCUGGAGGUUCAGUUUUCCUCGGCGAAGAACCUAAUCAGCAACGGGGGGUCGUCGAGGAGGAAACGCAGCAGUAGAUCAACAUCUGCGGAUGAACAACUAGAACCGCCGAAUCCGGCAGCGGGGAAGCUGAGUGCCUUCUUGGAAAAAAGGGAAGUAGCAAGCUUCUCGUCGCGAAGCGGGGUAGACGAAGAUUUGUUUUUCAACCAUACGACAACGUCUGAUGCUGCAGCAUCUACUUCCGGCGCGUUCGUGCAGGUGGGGCAAGGACAGCACCAGCGGCGCAUCAUGGUGAAGAAGGAACAUCAAACGAAGAAAAAUAAGGCCCAGAAGUUGGUAACCCUGGCGGCCAAGUUCGCCCUCCGGCGAACGGCAAACCAGCUGCAGAAACAGUUGCAGAUCAAGGAACGAGUGGUAGAUGCAGCGGUGACCUCGCCCGCCUUGAUAGACAAGGUCUUGCCCCUCACCACGGAGCGGGUUUUCGGAAUGCACCUCGGAAAAGAGUGGCUCAGCUUCUUCAAGAAAUACUUUCCGGCGUUCGUGAAAAUUCACCGAGAGAUGAUGGCACGCGAACAGAAAGAGCACCAGUCUUCAAAACCUACAACCACCCCGAGGUCGACGUCCAAAACUGGUGCAAGAAAAAGCCCGGAGAAUUACAAGAAAAAGAAUCAGGAGCGGCAGCUGUCGCAAACGGAGGCUGACAUUGAAGAAUCGCUGGAACAAGGGCUGGCGAAAUUUUUGAAGCAUCGCCUGACCACAGGGCGCCGCGGGAUCGUGGAGAGCACCCGGCCCUCGGAGAUGAAACCUGAUUUGUUAGACUUGGCGCAGGAGAGGAUGGAAACCGCUGCAGGCGUGUUCGACGCGACGGGGUUGGAGCGAAUCUACGAAAAUCAAAUUGUGGUGUUGCUAGACGCAACGACGGUCGCGUCAACCACUUUCCACCCCGGCGGUUUGUAUGUGGUGGAAAAAAUUUCAUCCAGCGCCCCAAAUAAACCGAAGAAACCGGGAGGUGGACGUCGACCCGUGUCUGGAAGCACGACCAAUGUGAAGAUGAAACCGACGCUGACGCUACGUCACUUGGAACUGUCUUCCGAUAAAUGGUGGUUGGUUCCCAAAACAAGCAACGGAAAUACAAAGGAGAAGGGGAACAAAACAACGACCGACGAGGACAUGAACAACUACACGUUGACGCUGUCUGCCACAGACGGUCCGUUGACCUGGCCGAACCGAGACUGGCAUAACCGAACCACUGCUAGUCAGCUAAUGGUGGUCAACGGCGCGGCACUACGUGAUCGCGCGGCGACGAUCCGUCUUUACAGCGAUCAAAAGAUCUACGUUCCGACUUCAGCAGGGCGCCAUUUGCUGUUUUCGUCCGAAUCUUAUGCAUUACAAAGAUCGAUCUGGGUCUGGUGAGUGGUAGGCACGUCGACAGCACGGCAAAAAUAGUGAAAUACGGAGCCAAGUAUGAGAAAUUUUUGGGCUCCUAUAAUGUAUUGCGUAUUUUAUUUUCGCGUACCAAGCUGCGUUCUUUAUCUUUUUGUAUGACAGGCAAGAUCACCAUCACUUUGUUUUCCGAUGCCUGCACGCAUCAUGGAGCCCCCUCGACGAGUCAUGUCAGACAUGCAUGAAGAUGACAGAGUGUCUAGCAAUCUUCCAGACCCAGUAGACAUAUUUGCAAUCUCGAUAACAGUGACAAGAUGUCUGCUUUUCGCUUUCCGGUCCGGGAAGCGCCGGAUGUUCUCCCUAGUCUGCUCGACAAGAUCGGCGUCCCCGGCUCCACUCGGGCGCUGCUAUCCUGCGUAAAAGCGAUGUCCCACCCUGUAUUUGUGAUGCAAGUCUGCACGCCAAAAAUUUUUCGCAUGCUGAGCCCCAUGAGAAGCAAUUACUUGGGGUAUUUUGGAACUCUUCAUGCUCGAAGCAGGAUGUUGAGCUGAUCGAAUCGCGAUACAUCGGAAGUUGCUAAACACGACGGCUACACUGGUGCCGUGAGCCCAAACUUGUCAACAUGCGCAAGAACAGCCAAAAGUUUCGGACUUGUGUUGCACAAUACCCAACAUCUUCUUGACUCUGGAUCAGGGGCGACGUUGCUUUUACGCGGGAUAGCUGCUGGAGGAGAUUCUAGUUUUCGAGGAAGGUGGUGGAAAGCAGGAUGCGAAAACUAAAGAAAAGCUUCUGGAUGAGAUUGAAGAAAAACUGAAGAAAUUUCUUCGUCAGCUGUUGCCCAUGAUGUUCUUUCCUGGGAAGACCUACCAGGAGCUGCACGCGGAUCAUGCAAGCGGUCAGGAAGAUCUUCAACCUGUUGAAGAAACCAGUAUUGUUCAUCCUGGAGCCGUAUCCUUUUUCCCUCUACAAGAGAGACUAGUGCUGGCGCCCGAUUUUCUCCGAAGGAAUGAAGAAAAAGCCCCCGGACCCAAAGCUGCGGUGCGGCGGAAGACGGAUUACAGCCCGUUCCAAUCUUUGAACGUCCACCACUAUAUUAAGCGAAAUUUCGAUCCAAGGCCCGGUUUCACGGACGAGACAGCGUUCUGGACGGAAAUGCUGCACCGCUUUUUGUUUCCGUACAUUCGCAAGCAGUUGCAGUUUGUGGACAAAGCAUUGAAGAACGACACGAAAAAUCGCCUGUCUAUGCUGACGCUGCUUCAAGACCUGCCCACGACGAUGCCGACGAAGGUGGGAACAAAUGGUGCAGGUGCUACGGCUCCUGGGAGGUUGACAGCGCGUGCUGCACGGGGGCCCGGGCGAAAGAAGCGCGCGGGCCCGAGCGCGGGAGCCCGCAAAAAUGGAGGUACCGGACCGAAGUCCUCCUACCUGCAGAACGCUGCACACCAGACCACUCGUGCUGUUGCGGACCAGAAGGCGACGAGGGGAGACGAUUUCGCCCGUACUGGUGGGCGAUUUUUCCACCCUGCUAGCGCCAGCAACUACAACAACACUCUGGAGCUAGAUGAAGCCGCUCUUGCUGCAUAUAAUAACGAGGGACAAGACGAAAAAGAAAACGAUGGCGAUGAUGAUGAUGACGAACAAACCUCUUUCAGCAACAUCCACGAGGAGAGUGGAAGAAGGUCGCAUGAAAUACUAAACGAUGUAGGACCACCAGCACGUCGAGGUGGUCCUCCUCCACCUCCCUCCUCUACUGCGCUUUUGGAGAUAAAAACAAAAAUGCAAACCACGAGGAUGGAACAAGAACAUCAUCAAGCACAAGCUUCCGCUGCAGUGACGACGAGGAAGCUCGCGAAAACGGUGCGGACUGCGAUGAAGGUUCAAAAAUUGUUUGCCAACGCGAACAAGAUGAGGACCCCGUUGCACGAAUCCUCCUUUUAUUUCCAGCUGGCAAAGCAGUGGACAGAGUUGAUGAAGGUCUACGGAACCGUGACGUCGACAGCUGAGCCGCAGCCUCGUCCGCCGAACACAGGGCGAAAAACGAACGGCGGAACAUCAAGUAGGUCCUCCUUUUUGCAGAAAGUUCUUCUUCGCCACGACCCGCUGGUGAGUCCGCUGAAUGCCAAGCCGAAGUGGCCCGGCGGCUCGGAUAGCCGCACCGGGCCACAGGAGAGCAACCAGCUGACCAACCGAGCCUCCGUCAACGAUCCCAGCAUGAAUCCGUACCUGGAACGGCAGAAGGAAAUGCUGCAAUCGCCGUGGUUCAUGGUGGCGCUGGUACUUGUCGUGGUGGUAUGCACUGCAAAUAUCGAUCUGGUCGGCCUGGAGAAAUAUACUUGUGAUGCUAGUAGUCGUAGUGUAGUGUGGAAGGUAAGUGAACAGCCUUUCAUCUUCGGAGCCACGUAUGUUGACAAGUUUGUGUGCUGCCAUGCCUUAAUACGCGGGCCGCGUUUUUACGAGUUGUAUCUUUGCAUGACAAAGACAAAAUUCGGUAGAGGAAUGCACAGCCCUUAAAGCCUUCGAACAUAAUGCGCAUCUACUUGUCGGCCAAGCAUGAUGACAAAUCCUGCUCUUUUCUCUCCCCAGAUAUGUUUGCAAUCCAUAGGUGGUCGGGCUCGGUCUCGGUCUUCCAAUCUCGCUCAGCAUGGGAACGUACAUGAUACACCUUCUGCUGAUGGUGAAAGGACACCUCGCUGCGCUCGGCGUGAAAGUCCUACACUUGGUGCCGGGCGUGAGCAUUCCCUUCGUGAUACCGUGUGGAAAGAGGUCGUCCCCGCACCAGAGUUGUUAUGCAGAUUCGCUGCGAAUGCAAUGCAAAGGACUUGUCAUGUGCAUCCCCAUGACAGGCAUUUUCAAUCGUGUUUUGGGACUUCUGGUGCUGUAGACAGAAUGAGAAAGCGGAUAGCUUUGUGAUGCGGGUGUCCUUGCUGACCCGCAUUAGAAUGCAGAAAAAUGAAACCUGAUGUCAUGCGUGACUCCCAAAGCCAGUGGAUUUGUGCUGCAAGGAAAUUCCCAUCUUGACAACUAUGGUGGGUGGGGACGUUUUUGCCUAGGAUGCGCGAUCUUGACGUCAUUUCUAAUCGUCUUCUUCGGAGGCCCGAUCAUCAUGACGGUGUUCGAGCGAGCAUUCGUAUGCAUUGCACGUAUGUCUGGGUCUAGAAGGUUGCAACUUGUCAUGCUAAAUCUGAAACAUACAAAAAUCAGUGUUGCGCGAUUACCAAAAGCUGUCCACUUUUGACCACCAAGUUGAGAGGGAGGUUCUCAUGCAGAAUAGGGAUAGGCAUGAUAGUGAUAGAGACCCCACAGAAUCUGUCAUGCUAGGUCCUGCAUUCCAGACCUUAUGGGUGAUGGAAAGCCUGCUUGACAAGUCUUGCACUCUUCCAGACGCAGACAUAUUUGCAAUCCAUAGCUCGCUGUUCCGAACGACGCCCGGACCUACGGUGCGGACCUACAGCACCCGGCGCAGGAUAGGGAUCGCCUGCCCGGAGGCCCCAAGUGACGAGGAAUUUGAUAAAAAAAUCCUUUAUUCCAACUUCCUAGGCCUCAUGCCUGGGAAGUAGACUUUCAUACAUGUCAUAAGCGCUCUUCUUCUAUUUCACAGAAACAUCAUUUUUUACAAGUUCACACUGUUUCUUAUCGGAGAUGUAGUGUUUCGUUUUAUUUUCACAGGACAGAAAAUCUUUUUCCUUAUUAAUUUGCGAUGCCUUUACCUCUCGUAUUCGGAUUUGACAAUUGAUCACAUUUUCCGCCGCUUUUUGCUUUUAUCUUUCACAACAUCGAGUUCAAUUUUCUAUCGUGGUUAUUCCGGUUUUAGUUUUUACUCUUGUCGUAUUGAGGAAAAUCGAAUAAAUAGCGCUACCGGACAGUUCGUUUGUUGAGAAGCUGAUGUGCUUACUGGUUUUCUGCCAGUAGAUCGAUGGGCUUCAUUUUUUCUGUUGAAAUGGAAAACACAAU